AUGGCCCCACCUGCAGAUAAAACCAAGUCUUAUAUCCCAUUAUCAGGCGGCGCAGACGAUGGCUGGUCAAACAGCGACAAGGCUACAGCUACAUGCUACUGUGGAGCCGUACAACUAGCUUUCCCAACCCAAGGCCCCGGACUAAUCGAUACAUUCGUCUGCCACUGCACAGACUGCCGCAAAAUCACAGCAUCAAUGUUCGCAUCAAAUUUUAUCAUCUCGGACGCUCAUCUUGAGCACGUACGAGGUCGCGACCUCCUGACUGAAUUCAGCCAGUCAAAGACCAUCGACUCUGGUAAAGCUAUGGCGAAUUUCUUUUGCUCGGUGUGUGGCUCGCUGAUGUAUCGCGUUGGAGAGGCGUACCCGGGAAGUAUGAUUUUGCGUUUGGGUACUGUGGAUGAUUUUAAUUUACAUGAGACUAGAUUGAAGCCUAGGGUUGAGCAGUAUACGAAGGAUCGCGUGUCGUGGUUGUGUCGAGCAAAUGGUAUCAAGCAGGUUGAGGGGUCGGCGUAUAAGCCGAAAAUUUGA